GAAUGGCUUCAGGAGUUGGCAAUGUCCUACAAAGCUCAGAAAAGCUCCGUCUCUGCGGCAGUUAAGCAGCUCCAAUCCUCUCCCCACCACCAACUCUCUCUCUCUAAAAACCUUCCUUCUCUCUUUCUCUCUCCAUUUCCCCUUAUCCCUUUCAUUCUCACCUUCAAUUUCACCUUCCCCCAUCCACACAUUCAUUUUCCUCAAAUGCAGACACCACCCAACUGAAAUCGGACGAAGAUGCCGUUGCUCAGAGUUCAGGUGAAGAACGAGUUCGGUCUUGGCAAGUCUGACCUCUAUGUCGACUCCAACAAUGAAGAUCCGAAAGCAGUCCUUGAUGCUGUCGCCGUUGCUGGCCUCGUCGGGAUCUUGAGGCAGUUGGGUGAUCUUGCUGAGUUUGCGGGGGAGGUUUUUCAUGGGUUGCAGGAAGAGGUUAUGACAACAGCUUCAAGAAGUCACAAAGUGAUGCUUCGUGUCAAACAGAUUGAAGCUGCUCUUCCCUCCCUUGAAAAGGCAAUACUAGCUCAAACAAGUCACAUUCAUUUUGCUUACACAGCUGGUUCUGAGUGGCAUCCUCGUAUUCGAACUGAACAAAAUCACUUCAUCUAUCAUGAUUUGCCACGAUUUAUUAUGGAUGCCUAUGAAGAAUGUCGUGAUCCCCCACAACUUCAUUUGCUUGAUAAAUUUGAUACGGGAGGCCCUGGAUCUUGCUUAAAACGUUAUUCAGAUCCAACAUUCUUCAAAAGAAUGUCAACCUCAGGAAAAAUAAGCUUGGAGAAGGUUCGGAGUGACAAAAAGGCUCACAAGAUUAAGAGAAAAAGAUCAUCGGUGCGCAAUGGAAAAACGGUACAUGGUGCAUCAGGUUCCAAUGCUAAUAGCAGUUUGCAGUUUACCUCCUUUUCCAAUGAAGGAGCGUCCCGUUCUCAAACUGCGACGGCUGAUCGGAGGAUUAAAUCAGAUGCUGGGGACUCUUCAAAUUCAUUUGAUUCUGGAAGGGGGUCAGGAUAUGCUGGAAGUGUUUUGAAAUUAGAUUCUUCCUUGCAAACUAAAGAACAGGAAUUUAGGGAAUCUUCAAGUUCAAGUUUGAUGCAGUUUAGUGAUGCUGUUGAUUCGGUUCUCGCGGAUGAACAAAGUAGGAUAAUAGAUGAUAAAUAUCAGUGUGCACUAGAGGACCAAAUAGAUUCAAGUUUCUCUUCUCAUGUCACGUGGGACGAAAAGGAAGAAAUAUUUAAGCCCAAGCAGGAAGUUAGAGAAAAGAUAGCAGUAGUGGAGUCAAGAGGUCAAGAAGAUGCUAGAGAAAUGGCAGAGACAUUGCAGCUAAGAACUCACCUGUAUGUCAGUGAAAUGGCAGAAUUUGUGCAUCUAAGGUCCCAAAAGGAUGUCAGGGAAAUGGAAGAAAUAGUGCAGCCAAGGACAAAACAGAAUGUUAGAGAAAUGGCAGAAAUGGUGAAACCAAGGACUCAACAGGAUGUUAGAGGAAUGGCUGAAAUUGUGCAGUCAAGGAGUCAAAAGGAUGCUAGAGAAAUGGAAGAAAUUGUGCAGUCACGACCUGAACAGAAUGUUGGAGAAAUGGCAGAAUUUGUGCACCUAAGGUCCCAACAGGGUGUUAGGGAAAUGGAAGAAAUAGUGCAGCCAAGGACAAAGCAGAGUGUUAGAGAAAUGGCAGAGAUAGUGAAACCAAGGACUCGACAGGAUGUUAGAGGAAUGGCUGAAAUUGUGCAGUCCAGGAGUUUAAAGGAUGUUAGAGAAAUGGAAGAAAUUGUGCAGUCACGAACUGAACAGAAUGUUGGAGAAAUGCCAGAAAUAGUGCAACCUAGGACUCAGCAAGAUGUUAGAGAAAUGGCUGAAGCUGUGCCGCUGAGAGAAGUGGAAGAAAUUGGGCAGCCAAGGCCCGAACAGUAUGUUAGAAAAAUUACAGAAAUUGUGCAGCCAAGGACUCAAAAGGAUGUUGGAGAAAUGGCAGAAAUAAUGCAGCCAAGGGCUGAACAGGUUUUCAGAGAGAUGGCAGAAAUUUUGCCCUCUAGGACUCAACAAGAUGUUAGAAACAUGGCAGAAAUCGUGCAGCCAAGGACUCAACAGGGUGGUUUAGAAAAGCCCAAAAUGGUGGAGCAUGGGAGUCAGCAGGGUGGUAGAGAUCAAGUGGAGAUGGUGGAGUCCAGGAGUCAACAGCAUGAUAAAGUUAAAGAUCAAGAAUAUAAAGUUCCUCUACCUGAAUCUACCCAGGAGCCUCAUGAAACGGAAGGCUUUUACCUUAUAAAUGAUGAACCAAUGAACAUGUUAGCUAAUAAUGGGCACCCGUUAGAAUCAAUUUAUGACGGUAAUAUGUUUGAUGAAAUUGAAAGUGAAACAGACAAUUAUAUGGAUGCACUCAACACAAUUGAGUCAGAAUCUGAAACUGACCUUGAUUGCCAGACAAAACGAGAAGUAGAGCCAUGCUCAUCCAAUAUAAAGUGUGAAGUAGUAGAUCCAACGCAUGACCUCCUUGAAUCUAGUUUAGGUCCUGAUAUUUUAAUUCUUAACCCAAGUAAUGAGCCUCAAGAGUCCUUUGACAAAGGUAUUGUUUCUAGUCUACCAAAUUUAGUUUCUUCAGAUAGUUUUUUCCAUGAUCAGAGACUUGAAAGCACCAUGAAGAUUUCUAGUCCCGACUGUCCUCUAGUAACUGAUUUGCAUGGCAAGGAAAGUUCCACAAUGGAAUCUGAUGUCUCUGAUUCCUUCCCUCCAGACUCCAAUUCUAGUUUGGAGGAUCAGCCAGGGAUUAAAUUAUUGAACAGGGUGCAUGAAUCGGAAACAGCUUCUUUCUCUAGCAAUCUUUCAGAUAAGUUCUGGACUAAUGGUGGCUUGCUAGGUCUUCAGCCAUCAAAACCUCCUUCUUGGGCUGUACCAAAUGCUGCUUGUGAGGACUCGAGUAAAGUUGAGAAGCGUGGCCCUUCUGAUCUUGCAUAUGUAGUCAGUAGUAAUCCACAGGAAAUUAAAUUGAAUAAUUUGCCCAAGGAUGUUAUUAAUAGUGAAAAAGAUUCAACUUCUAAUAAGUCCUCAUUGCACCAUGAUGAUCAGAAAUACGAUACAUCUGGUAGAGUAUCAACUUCUACUCCAUCUCAGGAAUUGUCAAGAGGUAAUUCAAAUGCAAAGAAUGGAAGUUUUAGUGUUGAUCGUUCAAGCGAUGGAUCUACUUAUGCCUAUAUGAAUGAUGUGGUAAAAAGAAAUGUGAUAGCAGCUGGAAUUGCAUCUCCAGCUGUACCUAAUGUCAAUGGAAUGCAUACUCAAACCAUUUUGGAGAAAGAUGAAAACUCUAAUCAAAAUUCUGGACUUAGCCAUCAAUUGCUUGUAAAUGGCUUUCAUAGAAAACUGACGCUAAUACACGACGAAAGGUUUGAGACUACAUCUAUGACUACAGAUGGUCCAGGGAAGAGAAAUGCCAACCAGGAUACUGUCUUACAAACAAUGUAUGAAAGGACAUCCAAAGAGCACUUAGGCUGUGAUUCUUCAAUGGAUUCAUGUCCUCCCUCACCCCCUCUUGAUCACAUGAAAAUCUCUUUCCAUCCUGUUUCUGGUUUUGAAAUUUCAAAAAUGAAACUGAGAUUUCCUGAUGGCAGUGAAGGUCGUGGAAGCACGAAGGACAUAUUUCCAUCCUUUCAGUUGGCUCCGGAGGAGUCUAUUUCUGUGCAUGAGAUUGGCUCUGAGUCUGAUGAUGACACAUUCUGUAGAUCAUCUCCAUGUAUGUCAGAUGAUUGUCUUAGUGAUCACUCUAAGUCAAAUUCUGAUCUGUGGGAGUCAGAUGACACUCCUGAAACCACAGGCAAUAACUUGUAUGAUUUACGCCACAUGUCACAUGUGGAAUCUUUAUCUACAUCAUUUGAGCUUGAGGGAAUAACAAAAAAUGGAAUAAUGAUGGACGAUGAAAGUGGAAAUUUGAACGGGAAGGUCAUGGAUGAAUCUCUUUCAGGUUCAUUACUUGAUCUUCCAUGUUUUGACAUUGUGAACCCUGUAACAAGUGGAAGAAUUGAUUCCUUCGCUCUAGAAGGAGACUCAAGCUAUUGUGCCUUCCAAACAGGACAUAAUGACGUUGAUGCUACGAAUCUUCUUAGGCCACAGUGUUUAGAUAGUCCUACUCCAGCUCCUCCCCCACUUCCUCCUGCACAAUGGUGCGUUUCAAAAACAUCCUUAGAUGUGUCUGAUGACCUGAAGGAUUUAUCUGCUCAUCCAAAACAGGUGGAACCAAUUGCUUUCGUGCAGCAAAUAACACAUGCAUCCGAUGCAACCAAGCCAAAUGGCAAGAAGCCAGAACAAGUGGUAGUGGAUAGCCAGAAAGAACUAAACCACAGAAGAAAUGACCAAGUGAUGGAUUCUAGGGAAGAUUUUCUGCAACAAAUUAGAGAAAAAUCCUUCAACCUGCGACGCACAGUGACCGAGAAGCCUAGUACUCCAGCAGGACCUGCUGCCCACGUCAAAGUCACAGCAAUUUUGGAGAAAGCCAACGCAAUCCGCCAGGCUGUUGGUAGCGAUAAUGGCGAAGAUGACGACUCAUGGAGCGAUGCCUGAUCUUAGAUAUGAAACCUAUUUUUCCCUGAGAAGCAAUUCUCACAAAGGAAAAUAAACAAAGAAACAGUGUUGAAAAGUGUUGGCAUUGGACAAGUAAAGUACCUUGGUAAUUUCCUCAGUAAUCUAUUAAAUUAAAGAAUAUAAAGUACCUUUGAAGUCUUUAAAGAAGCAUUCAAACAAAUAUAUAAUAUGUAUAAUUGGUCCAAGUCUCUCAUUUUGUUUUGUAAUAUCACAGAAAAUACAGAAUUUGAUUACGUGGAUUGCCUAAUUGAUUGACCAAGAAAGAGCAACUUCUUAUUAAAGAAAUUUCAAACAUUUUUUUGACGAAGUGUAGAGGUAGCCUUCCAAGGCCAGUCUGGCUUUUCGGUUUGCAACUUGGGAAUGAGAUACACUGUAUCCCAUUUAUAGAUACCAUCCAUUACUUCUUAUAUUUUUCCUUAAUUUUUGAUAUUCUAGUCCAUGUGACAAUAGAUCUUGGAGAGGUUUCGCUUU